AUGGCCUCCUCUUCAUCGAACGUAGUGGGUGUCCACUACCGCGUGGGCAAGAAAAUUGGUGAGGGAUCAUUUGGUGUCAUCUUUGAGGGCACCAACCUCCUGAACAACCAGCAGGUCGCCAUCAAAUUCGAACCCCGGAAAAGUGAUGCACCCCAACUCCGCGAUGAGUAUCGGACAUACAAGAUUCUGGUCGGAUGCCCCGGCAUUCCAAAUGUCUACUACUUCGGACAGGAGGGCCUGCACAACAUCCUCGUGAUUGAUCUUCUCGGGCCUUCCCUCGAGGAUCUGUUCGAUCACUGCAACCGCCGAUUCACCACGAAGACCGUUGUGAUGGUAGCCAAGCAGAUGCUUUCGCGCGUUCAAACGAUUCACGAAAAGAACCUUAUCUACCGGGACAUCAAGCCUGACAACUUCCUUAUUGGUCGACCAUCAACCAAGGCUGCCAAUGUCAUUCACGUCGUUGAUUUCGGCAUGGCUAAGCAAUACCGUGACCCCAAAACCAAGCAGCACAUUCCGUACCGCGAGCGUAAAUCAUUGUCAGGUACUGCUCGUUAUAUGAGUAUCAACACCCAUCUGGGUCGAGAGCAGUCUCGACGUGAUGAUCUUGAAGCUCUCGGUCAUGUGUUCAUGUACUUCUUGAGGGGAGGCCUUCCAUGGCAGGGCCUGAAGGCUGCUACCAACAAGCAGAAGUACGAGAAGAUUGGAGAGAAGAAGCAAACAACGGCAAUCAAAGACCUCUGCGAUAGCUAUCCUGAAGAGUUCAACAAGUACUUGAGCUACGUGCGCAAUCUCGGGUUCGAGGACACUCCCGACUACGAUUACCUCCGUGACAUCUUAACACAGGCUCUUAAAAACGCCGGUGAGGUGGAGGACGGCGAAUACGAUUGGAUGAAGCUCAACAACGGACGCGGCUGGGACUACAAGUCCUAUUCAUCUCAGGCACAUCUGCACAACCAGCACGUAAGUUCGUCCGGCCGGGACUUGCAUGCCAGGGAGCUCCGCAACAGCCAACGUCCUGGCGUGACAGCCGACCGUUUAAACGCCGCGCAGCCCCCGCCUCCCUCUCCGGCAGCAAAAGUUGGAGCUGGGAAGACACGCGAGCGAACAAGCGCCGGCGGCAUGCCGCCUAAACGUCAAAGCGGGGGGUUGGAGGCAUCGACUCCGGCCGCAUCAACCCAGGCACAGUUCCAGAACUCCAAUGCUCACCUUCCCGGUCGCAUCGGAAGUCCAGGGAAUCCAGGACUGAAUAAUCAGCAGGGUCCCGGCACCCCUGGUGCGAAUGACUCGCAACCUACUUUCACGCAGAAGUUGAUGAAGGCUCUCUGCUGCGGUAGGUGA